UUGAUCAGCUGUUGUGGCUGCCUAGCAAUGGAAAAGAAUUUUUGCUAUUGACAAAUGUUGUUAUUUUUGUAAAAGUGUUUAACAUUUAUUGCGCACGCUUUAUUCCUUUUUCACAUAAUUAACUUUAAAGUGCUAUUGCUGCUGCUGCUGUGUAAAAGCAGCUGAAACGAUUGCGGCAGUGUAUGAAAUCGACAAGUUUUAUUGUUGUUGUUGUUGCUGUUGCUGCUUGUAAACAAAUAAUUUGCAGCGGCUCAAGUGGAAAAUUAAUAAUAACAAAUGCAGUCGCAAAGCUGAGACGUUAAAAAAUGGACAACAAGAAGGAUAUCUACAAUUUGUGGGUGCAGUACACAACAAAGAAUGAUGAGACGUACUUCCGUGAGUUUGUGGCACGUUUUGUGGACAUUUGGCGCAGUCAAUUGCAGCUGGACUUUCACUCCGACGACUGUCCAUUGUGGCACGAAGUGAGACCCGACAAUGGACCACAUCUGGGAAGAUUGCCGGAUGAGCUGCUGCCCGCUAUCGGCAAGUUUAUAAUUGUGGCACGUGAUGCCUGCGAUACGGAUCAACUGUCGGAGCAGGGCAUUGAACAGGUGGCCAUUCUGAUUGAUUGCCUGGUGAUUGUCUGUCGACACUUUGACAACAUUUUGGCCAUCAUCAAGUACGAGUACAAGCCCAAUCUAAUCGCCAUACUAUCCAAGCUAUUUAAUCAGCAAAUGGAAGAGCGACGUGCUUCGCCAGCUAUGACUCAUCUCUUUCGCAGUUUCUCAGCAUUCCUCGAGGUCAUGUAUGAUCCCUAUCUCACCUGGCGAAGCUUCCUACGCGGCCAGGCAGCUGAUUACAGUCGUCUGCCUUAUAAACCACAUGCGGUGCAUGUCGAAAUCGUGCCCUUUAUCUAUGAUUGCUUUCAGAACGAGGAGCUGCUCCGAUUCGCAGACAUUGGCGAGAGUCUGCUGCAUGUGUUGGGCGCAGUUAUUUGCGGCUCUCAGCGCAAUGGCAUGAGAGCCAUUUGUCCCGCAACUGUAUCGAUUAUCAUGAGAAUAUUGCAACAAUGGGAGAGUGCGAGAAACUUGCGUCAUGUGGCACUCAAUUGUUACGCCUUGAUGGUCAUUGUGCUACAAAAAUCUAGUCCAGAAGAACGCCAAAUAGAUCUAGUUACGUUAAUACAACUCUAUUGUGAUGCACUGCAGCAGCUGCUGGCCACAAAGCACUUUGAUAGUGGAGAUGCCAACUUUGAUAUUACCAGCGACAGUGACAGCGAUGUGGCCAUUGAUGUCAAUGCACUCGCCGCUAGUGUGGCUGGAGUUCAGCUCUUUCUGCCUCCUGGUAAUGCCGGAACUGCAGUCAGCGAAGUCAUUGGCGAGACAAACUUACUGGAGCUGCUCAUCGGAUUGCCGCAGGGCAUCAAGCACUGGCACGUCUCCCACACGAGUUCCUUGAGCAGCACCAUGGAUUCUCUGGCUGCCUUGACGCACAGCUCGCCACGCAGCGCAGAGCUAUUAAAACUGGGUGGAAAGAUUGAGCGACUCUUUGGUCACAUGCACGACCUUGAUGCACCGUCAGUGGCAUUGCUAGAUUCCUGUUUCCAUUUGGGUUACAAUGCAGAGCAGCAACUGUUGGUGCUGCCCGAGGUGAUGUUGCAGUUGCUGAAAUGGCUGCCAGAUCUGCAGGAGCAGGAGCAGUUGCAUGUGAGCACGUUGUUACUUAAGGGCUGCACGGAUAACUAUGGCACUAAAACUGUGGCCUGUGGUAGCCGUGUCGUCAAAGCUGUCUGUGGUUGCUUACUACGUUCGGAAACGCUUAGCGAGAUCUGUGCACAGAAUCUGAUCAAGAUGAUUGAGGAGUUGAGCAAACUCAGCAUUGUGCCCGUGGAACUGAAGUGUAUCUUUGCCCUGCUGCGUCAGGGAUCUCAAUUUCCUCAACACAAACAGCUGCAACAGACUCUCGUCAUGAUUGCAUUGCAGAGUCUGCGUGGCAGCAACUGUUGCUCUGAAUACUUUGCCAUCGAGCAGCCCUCGGAUGGAAUUACAGUGCCAGAGAUUAGAAACUGGAUCUCUGGCUCCUAUGGCUUCAUCUUUCACAUACUCGUGCGCUUUAAUCCUCCCGAUGCCGAGUCCAACUCUCGUCGCAUGCUGCUCACUUUGCUGACGGCAAGCGGAGGUGGCUUUGAGGUCUUUGUGCAGUCCAAUGGCAACGUUGUGGUGGCUGCAUUGACACGUCGAGAAUACCUCACAUCGGCCACGGCCACCAAGACUUUAUUGGAUGGACAGUGGCAUUAUCUGACGGUGGCCAUAACACCGCCCAAGCGACCAUUCUCCUACAGUCAGAUCAACAUCUUUGUUGACUUUGUGCAGAAACUCAGUGCCACACUUAAGGUACAGGCUGUGAACGAACCCUUCACUGUAUGCUCCAUUGGUGCUGUGGUGGCACCACAGCCCAAGCAGAGCGAGAUCACCAAAAGCGGCAUCUUGCCGCGUUCCUCAUCACAGGAGAGCGGUCCCGUCUACAAGGGCAUGCUGCCAAGUCUUCUAGAGCGCACACUCUCUGCAAAU